CCCCGCGCCCCGCGCCCAGUCAGGCAGCCCGGGACCCGCCCUGCCCGUCCCGCUCGGCAGCCCGGGAAGAUGCGGAUCCCGGAAUGGCUUCUCUUGCUCUUUGGCCCGUGGCUCCUUAGGAAGGCCAUCAGUGCCCAGGUGCCGGAUUCCGAAAGGCCGCAAUACCUGGAACUGCGCCCAGCUCCGGCCGGAGGGCCAGCCCCUAGCCAACAGCUCCCUGCGCCUAGGUCUCCUGAAGGCCUGGGCACUGCCCGCGCCUGGAGCUGGGCCUGGCCGGCUAACCACACGGGGGCGCUGGCCCGGGCUGGGGCGCCGGGGGUGCUGCCAGCUCAGCGAAGCAAGAGGAAGCCGUCCGUCAAAGCGGCCCGCGCCAAAAAGAUCUUCGGCUGGGGGGACUUCUACUUCCGGGUGCAUACCCUCAAGUUCUCGCUGCUGGUGACUGGCAAGAUCGUGGACCACGUGAACGGUACCUUCAGCGUGUAUUUCCGCCACAACUCGUCCAGCCUGGGCAACCUCAGUGUCAGUAUCGUACCGCCCUCCAAACUCGUGGAGUUCGGGGGCGUCUGGCUGCCUGGGCCUGCCCCCCACCCUCUGCAGUCCACGCUGGCCCUGGAGGGGGUGCUUCCUGGGCUGGGGCCCCCAUUGGGGAUGGCGGCUGCUGCGGCAGCAGCGGGUCCGGGGCUUGGAGGCCCCAUCGGGGGUGCACUGGCGGGCCCCAUCGGGGGUACGCUGGGAGUGCCUGGGGCUAAAGAGUCCCGCGCUUUCAACUGUCACGUGGAGUACGAGAAAACUAACAGGGCGCGAAAGCACCGCCCAUGCCUGUACGACCCGUCGCAAGUGUGCUUCACCGAGCACACGCAGAGCCAGGCUGCCUGGCUCUGUGCCAAGCCCUUCAAAGUCAUUUGUAUCUUCGUCUCUUUCCUCAGCUUUGACUACAAAUUGGUGCAGAAAGUGUGCCCAGACUAUAACUUUCAGAGUGAGCACCCCUACUUCGGAUAGUGCCCUUGCCCCGGCCCUGAGCUUCCCGCCAAAUCCCAGCCUCUCGAGUGGGGCCCCUUCUGGUUCCCGCCCCUCCUGUGGCAGCGUCCACACCUUCCACACUGGGACGGGAGCAGAGGGGGAUAACCCACCCUGGACAGCCGCCUGCAUAGUUCCCCUUUCCCUUACCGGGAGUGCCCAAGAGGCUGGGGUAGCAGUCCCCCGGCGCUGGGCUGGGCACUCCCUCUGCCCGCAGCUUUAGUAUCGCCUGGCCUGGCACCCUCACCCCGUUCUGACUUCUUACCCCCAAACCCCUGUGCUCCUCCACCCUAUCCCCCACUCAGAGACUGAAGGCCCUGUACCCCGGGCUGUCCCCUCCCUCUGCCUGCCGUUUGCCUGUCCCCCCCUUCCUUCCCAGUCUUCGGAAGCAGAGCUCCCAAGCCAUUCUCGCCCCUGAAGUCCAGCUCCACCUGCCCUCACCGGCUGCUUCCUCUCGGUGAUAUUUUUUUUUCUACGCCAAAACAGACGGGAAGGGGAACAAAAUAAAGUGAAAUCCAA